AUGGCCCACGCAACACCCUGCAAGGCAUCGGACUCGACGCUCUAUGCAGCACCGCCAGGCCACCUCACCCUCCUCAUGGCCGCACGGCGUACAGCGUCCUUCCACCUGCCCCAAGAUCCGCGCUUCAGCUUCUACCUCUACGUCCCGCGCUCUCAUCCCGUGACGCGUCGAGCAAGGGGCGAGGACGUCAGCCUGGAUGGGUGCUGUGAAGCUGGAAAGAGUAAUGGUCUUGGUACACCGCUGGCGCCCACCGUCUCGCCCACUGGGGGCAAGGCUCCUGGCCGUGGUCCCGGCCCAAAGGGGUUCCCCCUCCUGGUCCUCAUCCACGACUCGAGCCGUGACGCCGAGAAGCUGCGUGACUGGUGGGCCGACUUGGCCGAGGAGGAAGGGUGUGUGGUUCUGUCUCCUCACUUUCCAUGCGACCUGAAGUUUCCCGACGGCCCCGACAACUACAAGCGUCUGGAGUGGGUCAACGCAGCUGGCGAAACACUUCGGUUCGACGAUAUCCUCCUGCAGAUGAUCGACACGGUGUCUCGCGAAUGGGGCUGUGUCGACACUACCACGUUUGCCAUGGCGGGCUUCUCGGGCGGAGCGCAGCUUGCCCACCGUUUCUUCUACCUGCAUCCCGAACGCCUGCACGCUCUGUCGGUCGGCGCACCCGGCCGCGCCACUCCGCUUCUCCCUCUGCAGUGGCCAGAGGGUAUCGUCAAUGCGCCAUUGACGACCUCUGGACGUGCCAUUGACGUGACCGAGCUCGCACGCCAGACACAGUCUGGGGACCUCAAGUUGCAGCUCCUGAUCGGCGCCGAGGAUACCUGGCACCCCGUCCAGCCUGACGGUACGCGCACGGCGCAUUCCCGAUUUGACGUGACGAUGGGGCUUGCCAAGAGCUGGGACGAAGCAGGAAUCAAGUAUGACUUUGAGAUUGUGCCAGACUGCAAGCAUGAAGGAGAGAAGAUUCGCGCUGUGGCCAUGCCGUGGAUGCGGAAGCAUGUUAGGUGA